GGCUGCAACACUGAGACGCUUUACAGCCCUAGACCCUAAACAGUCAAAACACCAUCUUAUUCUCAAUAUACAUUUUACUACCCAAUCUGCUCCUGACAUUAAAUAAAACUCCAAAAAUUAAAUUCUGGCCCUCAAACCCCACAACAGGACUUAAUUAACCUCCCCUUCAAGGUAUACAAUUCCUUGCCUCCACUGUGAGACAAACCCCAGCCACAUCUCCAGCACACGAGAACUUCCAAACGCCUAAACCGCAGUGGCCAGGCAUUCCUCCAGGCCUGCCUCCCCCAGGAGCUUGCUACAAGUGCCAGAAAUCUGGCCACCAGGCCAAGGAAUACCGGUAGCCCAUGAUUCCUCCUAAGCUGCGUCCCAUCUUUGCGGGACCCCACUGAAAAUCAGACUGUUCAACUCACCUGGCAGCCACUCCCAGAGCCCCUGGAACUCUGGCCCAAGGCUCUCUGACUCCUUCCCAGAUCUUCUCGGCUUAGCAGCUGAAGACUGACGCUGCCCGAUCGCCUCGGAAGCCCUGUAGACCAUCACAGACGCCGAGCUUCAGCUCCAGAUGCUGCAGAGUCAUGGAAAACCAAUCCAGCAUUUCUGAAUUUUUCCUCCGAGGAAUAUCAGCGUCUCCAGAGCAACAGCAGUCCCUCUUCGGAAUUUUCCUGUGUAUGUAUCUUGUCACCUUGACUGGGAACCUGCUCAUCAUCCUGGCCAUUGGCUCUGACCUGCACCUCCACACCCCCAUGUACUUUUUCUUGGCCAACCUGUCUUUUGUUGACAUGGGUUUAAUGUCCUCCACAGUUACCAAGAUGCUGGUGAAUAUACAGACUCGGCAUCACACCAUCUCCUAUACGGGUUGCCUCACGCAAAUGUAUUUCUUUCUGAUGUUUGGUGAUCUAGACAGCUUCUUCCUGGCUGCCAUGGCGUAUGACCGCUAUGUGGCCAUUUGCCGCCCCCUCUGCUACUCCACAGUCAUGAGGCCCCAAGUCUGUGCCCUAAUGCUUGCAUUGUGCUGGGUCCUCACCAAUAUCAUUGCCCUGACUCACACGUUCCUCAUGGCUCGGUUGUCCUUCUGUGUGACUGGGGAAAUUGCUCACUUUUUCUGUGACAUCACUCCUGUCCUGAAGCUGUCAUGUUCUGACACCCACAUCAACGAGAUGAUGGUUUUUGUCUUGGGAGGCACCGUACUCAUCGUCCCCUUUUUAUGCAUUGUCACCUCCUACAUCCACAUUGUGCCAGCUAUCCUGAGGGUCCGAACCCGUGGUGGGGUGGGCAAGGCCUUUUCCACCUGCAGUUCCCACCUCUGCGUUGUUUGUGUGUUCUAUGGGACGCUCUUCAGUGCCUACCUGUGUCCUCCCUCCAUUGCCUCUGAAGAGAAGGACAUUGCAGCAGCUGCAAUGUACACCAUAGUGACUCCCAUGUUGAACCCCUUUAUCUAUAGCCUAAGGAACAAGGACAUGAAGGGGGCCCUAAAGAGGCUCUUCAGUCACAGGAGUAUUGUUUCCUCUUAGAUGUGAUGACAGCAACAUUUAAUGAAAAGACAUAGGCUUGGAGUCAGACAAACGGGCUUCAUUUUGGGGUCUACCACACACUAGCCAUAAGAUUGUAGUCCGGUUACUUAGCCUCUCUGAGCCUUGGUUUUCUCAUUUAUAAAAUGGAGAUAACAGUUUCUAUCUAAUAACGUAACUUGGAGGAUUAACUGAAAUAAACUACGAAAUGCAUCCAGUAUAGUAGUGAAUAAUAGUAGGUGUUCAAUAAGGGAUAGCUAUUAUUAUUUAUUACUAUUAUUAUUCUUCAUUCCUCCCCCAACUCAGAAGUCAAAAAAUCUUUUCUCUGAGAUAUAUUUGUUCAAUAAAUAUUUACUAUC